AUGUAUAAAAAAGCGGCUUUCAAGAAAGCGUUGGCAAACAUGGAUUUGGGACUUAUGUCUAGUGAAAUGGAAGGAAAUGUGACUGUAAGCAAUGUCGCCUUAAGCAUUGCCCAGAAAGAUAGAAGCAAUCAUAGUUCCCUUGAUCUAAAAAGUCUAGGAUCUAUCUGCAUCAUACGAAGAAGACGCUGGAAAAUGAAAAAUGGAACUGAUAUGAAAGAUGCUCUGCCUUGCUACAUUUAG